AUGGAAAUUACCAAGCUUUAUAAAAAAGAACAAUAUCUUGAGCAGGCCAUUCAUGCAGCCGGCCAAUCCGGCGGACCACCGCAUAUUCUAGUAACAACCAAGUGGUACCAUAGAGAUGAGCAAGAACAACGAAUAUCCAUAAAUCUCCAACUUGAGUUGUUAGAACAACAAUGUAAAAUUUUGAUAGGCGCAUCUGCAGCACCACUAAUUUGA